AUGGAGAACGCCACGCGCCAGAUGGAAAGGCUGAUCGCGAGCUGGCCGCCGCCACCAGAUUCUCCGGGCAUGACGCCACCACCCCCCGGACAUAUCGUCGUCGACGCGAUCCGCGUCGAAAUGACAAAGGCGCACUCGAAGCUCGACCCCGCCAGAGUCCUCAAAAAAGAAAAGCAAUUAGUGUAUGUUUUUUCAGUGGAAGAAAACGGCGACCACCGCGACAACGUCACGAAACGUUUUUCGGAAGUGAAAAAGUUCUGGGAAUCGUUAACGGACCAGGCCGAGGCUUGUGGGGCUGAUUUGCCGCCUUUUCCUAGACAUUCCGCCUUCUUAUCUGGAAAUGGUGUCGCGGGCAACUUGUACGAGUCUGAUGCGCAAUCUGAUUUCGCGGCGGAGCGCCUGGAGUUACUGCGAGGCCUCGCCGAAGCAUUAACGACGGCUACCAAUGCUACGGGCGGCUCCUUGUUCGGUCUGAGGCUGGUCCGGGCCUUCUUCGAGCUCGACCGGAGGGAUACACCAUUACUACCGGUGGCGCGGCCCGUACGAAGGAGGUACACGCUCGAUUCCGCUCAAAAGAGAUUGAAGGACGCUCAAACAAAGCUGGAGAGUCUGGCUUUGA